AACUUCACCAGCACAUCACCUUCCCCACUAGAGGAGACCGAACUUUGGACUGCUGGUAUUCUCCCUUCAGAGACGGCUAUGCAGCAAAGACUCAACCACCACUGGGCAGGUCAGACCACGCCUCUGUCCUCCUUCUGCCCAGGUACAAGCAGCGGCUGAAGCGAACAACCCCGGCGGACAGAGAAGUGAUGGGUUGGUCUGACCAAUCAGAGGCCGCCCUGCAGGACGCCUUGGAGACAGCCAACUGGGAACUGUUCCAGCUCUGGUGAUGACAUCAGCGUGUUUACGGAGACGGUUGUGGGAUUUAUUGGGAAACUAGUGGAGGACACUAUCCCCAAUAGAACCAUCGAGGAGUUUCCCAACCAGAAGCCGUGGAUGAAUAAAGGCAUCCGUGACGCUCUGAAGUCCUGCACCGCCGCCUACAACACAGGAUUCGCCACCGGAGACAUAGGACCUUACCGGGCCGCAGAGCCAUGAGGGAGGCCAAACAGAGGUACAGGGAGAAGCUGGAGUCACAGCUGCAGCAGAGGAACACCAGGGGACUAUGGCAGGGACUAAGAACUGUGACAGACUAUAAAGCAACACUGAUGCCCAUAGUGAGUGCUGACAUCUCUCUGGCCGACCAACUCAACAUCUUUUAUGCUUCGAGGCUCCCAGCAGAGAGGUGUGCAUCCUGCCCGGCCGAGAGGAAGAGAUGCACCGUGACGGAGCAUGACGUGAGGCUGAUGUUUAAAUGCAUGAAUACCAAGAAGGCUGCAAGACCUGACGGUAUAACAGGCCGUGUCCUGAAAGCCUGUGCCAACCAGCUAGCAACCAGCUCACUCUCCCAGUGCAUCAUCCCCAGGUAUCUCCAGGGGCGACCACAGGAGGCGCUGGCUCUCCUCAGCCAAUCAGAGGACAGGACCAGGGAGUGUUACGGCGAUGACAGCGAGCGACGACUCAUCGUGACGUACGGAGACAUGGCCUGGAUACACUAUCACCAUGGAGACCAGAAACAGGCGGAGAGCUACUGUAGCAGAGUCCAACACAUACUGGCCGUUCUUGGAACACCUCCCGAAGAGUCCCUGGCCACCAAGCAGCUCCGCCGAGCCCUAAAGUUCAGCCCUGAUGACGGCGUCCUGCUGGCCCUGCUGGCUCUGAAGCUGGUGCAGCAACACAAAUACCACGAGGCAGAAGCUCUGGUGGAGCGAGCGCUGGUCGGACCCGACGAUGACCAAGUCAUCCGCUACGUAGCCAAAUACUUACGAAUGCAGGAUCAGCUCGAUCAGUCCAUUGAUCUGCUGCACAGAGCACUGAAGGGCAGAAGCCAGUCAGCUUUCAUCCACCACCAGCUGGGUCUGUGUUACCUGAGGAAGAAGAAGAACCUUCUGUCCAACAAGCCUAAACCUGAAAAAGAGGUUCAGCAGUGGAGGCGCCUCAGUAUUCAUCACCUGGAGGAGGCGAUCCGGCUGAAGAACGGGCUGAAGAGUGCCAAGGCUGACCUGGCUCUGCAGUACGCUGAGGAGUCGGACAUGAAGAGAACUUCUUUCAAUCUGUUGGAGGAGCUUCUGUUUCUGUUGUGUUUCAGAGCCCAGGAGAUGUUUGAUGAUGUUCUCCAGGAGCUGGAGGAGGAAUCCCCCAGCAUCCGUCAGUCUAUGAGUCGCUGCUACGCUGAGUUCUGUCACUACCACAGCAUCCAGAAGGACGUCGCCAUCUCCUUCUACAAGAAGGCUCUGGAGUUCAGCACCAACACAUCAGACGGGAAACACUGUGCAAAGAAGCUGAAGCUGAUGGCGGAGCGCCGUCUCAGGAACAACCCGGCAGACGGCGCCUCCUACGGCAUUCUGGGAUACGUGGCCCGAGCCGAGGGCGACUACAAGCGGGCGGCGGGAUUCUACGAGGACGCUCUGGAGAGAGAACCCGAGAACACUGAGUUCCUGUCGGUUCUGUGUGAACUCCGUCUGCAGCUGUACUGAGUCACAACCAAAAAACAACACAACAAGAACAUACACGAAACGUAGCAAGAACCUCUGAUAUAAACGAGCAAAUCCUUUAAAUAAACACAACUGUUAGGAGAAAGGGUUCAGGUUAGAAUGUGUGAUGAGAACCCUGAGUCUGAGGAAGACCACGGUUCUGGGUGAAAGCCCAGCAGCUCACUGACCUUUUAGUCAAGUUUGGCCUCAUUUUGGUCCAUUUUGAAUUCAUUCUAGACGUGUUUGAAAUCAUUUUAGACAAUUUUAAUGGUCUUCAAACAGCUUUCAAAUGUUUUCAUAGAAAGUUUCGCUCAUUUUGUUCAUUUUUAUCUUGUGUUAGACAGUUUUGUUCAGCGGAGUUCAGACGGCUACUAAAUAAAUCAUCUGAGAGCAUCACGUUUUCACAUCAGUCUCUGAAAUGUUUGUUACAUCAAAUUGUUGAUAUUUGAAAAGACGUUGUGGAAAUAUUUCCUUCUGAACUUAACCAAUGAGUCCUGUGUUACUGAAAUAAAGAGAACCAAGAAAAGAA